AUGUUCCUCGACGACGUUGGGCUUCACUCUUUGACGCUUUUUCAGCUGUGCUCGUAUUCUGCAGCUGUCAGCGCGGCUUUGUUGUUUUAUGAUUACUCGAUAACGGUUGCCGACGAAAUUGAGCUCAUCUGGUUCGCACCGUGGGGCGCUGGAAAGGGUUUGUUUUUAUUGAACAGAUACUUGUCCUUCAUCGAUACUCCCCUAUGGUUGUACCGCGACUUGGGUACUCGUCAUUCCCUGAGCGUUUGUGGUACAUUGGAUAAUAUCACUGGAUGGACACUCAUUAUUGGCGUCCUGAUCGCUGAAGGCGAGUAG